AUGGGGAGCAGUUACCGCGGCAACAACAUCCCUGUGGUUGCCAAGGGAGAGAGAGAGAUGGUGUACCCCGAGCUGCAGAUCACCAGCGCGGUGGAAGGCACGCAGCCCAUCACCAUUGACAACUGGUGCAAGAAAGGGCGCCCCCAGUGCAAGGGGCAUCGGCACAUCGUGGUGCCCUACAGGUGCCUGGCUCACACUCUGUCCUCUUUCCCCCCCCCCCCCCCCCCCGUACCUGACACCUGCAAGUUCCUGCACCAGGAGAAGAUGGACUCAUGCGAGAGCUAUGUAUACUGGCAUGGCGUGGCCAAGGAGGCCUGCAGCAGCGAGGGGCUCGAGCUGCACAGCUACGGGAUGCUGCUGCCUUGUGGGGCCGACCCCCUCCGGGGGCAGGACAAAUGGGAGGCAGAUGAGGAGGAGGAGGAGGAAGAGGAGGAGGAUGAAGGCCCAGGGGACAGCGCGGCUGACACCGACCCCUUCCCCGCCACUUGGGAUGACUAUUUUGUGGAGCCAGGUUAUUACGAUGACAGCGUCACCCAGACCACCAUCACCACCACUACACGAACCACUGAGGAGGAGGGCAAAGCCCCCCCCGCCCCGCGCCCCACGGAUGGGGUGGACAUCUACUUCGAGAUGCCAGGCGAUGGGAGCGAACAUGCCAACUUCCUGCGAGCCAAGAUGAACCUGGAGGAACGCCGGAUGAAACAGAUCAAUGAGGUGAUGAAGGAAUGGGCCGAGGCGGAUAACCAGGCCAAGGAGCUGCCCAAGGCUGACCGGCAGACUCUGAACGAGCAUUUCCAGACCAUCCUGCAGACGCUGGAAGAGCAGGUGGCUGGGGAGCCGCGGGGGGGGGGGGGGGAGGAGACGCACCUGGCCCGGGUGGUGGCCCGGCUGAAUGACAAUCGGCGCGUGGCACUGGAGAGCUACCUGAGCGCCGUGCAGAGUGACAGCCCACAGCCGGAGCGGGUGCUGCAGGCGCUGAGGCGGUACGUGUGGGCGGAGCAGAAGGACCAGCGGCACACGCUGCGGCACUACCAGCACGUCAGCGCUGUCGAUCCGGAGAAGGCCGAGCAGAUGAAGUUCCAGGUGUACACCCACCUGCACGUUAUCGAGGAGCGCAUGAACCAGAGCCUGGCGCUGCUCUACAAGAACCCCCGGCUCUCUGCAGAGCUGCGGGACCAGAUACAAGAGCUACUGCAGGCGGAGCGGGCAGGGACCAGCAGCCUGCUCACCAUGCCACUGGACAGCAACGAGGACCUGGACCCUGAGGACCAUUCUGACCACCUGGGGGCUGGGGACCUGUUCCCUGGGGAAGGGACCCCUCCUCCCCCAGACUCCCAGCCAGCUGAGAAGAAAGCCUCCGGGACAGCGGCGGAGCAGGACGACCUCCCCAGCGAGAAGGCCCCGCUGGGCAAGGGCGAGCAGAGGGUGAACAUCUCAGUGGGGGACGUCAAGGGAGUCUUAUACAAGUCCCCCGAGAUCCAACGCGAUGAGCUGGAGCCGGACACCCUAGUCACCAUUAACAGGGGAGCCCUGAUUGGCCUGCUGGUAGUGGCAGUGGCGGUCGCCAUGGUGAUAAUCAUCAGUCUCCUGAUGGUUCGCCGGAAGCCCUAUGGGACCAUCAGCCACGGCAUCGUGGAGGUGGACCCCAUGGUGAGUCCCGAGGAACGGCAGCUCAGCAAGAUGCAGAACCACGGCUAUGAGAAUCCCACCUACAAAUUCUUCGAGGAGAUGCACUGAGAAGCCAGCUGCACCGUGUGGGGGGGGGCGGGGCACGCCGAGGAGCAUUCACGCACAGCGCUCCCUCCCCCUACACCAAUUGGAGGGCAUUAAACCUGUGUCCAUCCCC